AUGUACACAGUGAUCGGCGUUACACUAGUCGCGGCAGGUGAGUUCGCGGUGAGCAAAUUUGAUAUGCGCACGCGCAGACACAUGGGCGGCCGGUGGAGCACUGCGCGGCGCAAACCGCACGGACCCGACACUUGGGAUGUGUCGCUCGAAACCUGUUCUCCGGAACAGAAGCCUGAUUCUGAUAUUUACACUAGCCAUUCGCUAGUCUGGUUCUUAGACUAG